AUGUCAGAUUCUCUAGACGUUGAUGACAAUAAUAUGGGCGAAUACAUGGAGGUGUUGGAUGUCGAAUGGCCCUGUUCAGAAAAUGGUCCUUCUGAACGAAAGCCUUCUUGGUUUUGGCUCCGUGAAGUAACUUCACGAGACGCAGAAAAUGGGAUGGAUGUGCAAGGAAUUACGUGGGAUUCCUUUAAUGUUACUCGUCAGCGAUAUCGUGAAUUACGACUCAUAGACUAUAAAAAUUAUGAGAAUGUUCAAAGAUCGCAUGACGAAAUCAAGAAG